UCAUGUGUUUAUCAACGAGUUUUUGUUUACUUCAUGUUUCGCAUAUUAUUUAAACUAACACGGAAAAAUAACUUUAAUAAAAUAUUGUGCAAUAUGAGUACAUUUACACAAUAUCGGAAUCCUUUGACUGGCAAUAAUGAAUGGGUACUUCAAGAUGAUGAUUACGACUAUCACCAAGAAGUAGCCAACACCGGCUUUGGUGACAUGCUUCACGAUACGGAACGUAACCAAAAAUAUUUUGCCGCGCUUCGUAAGACAAUAGCAAAAAUGCACAAUGAGGGACGUGAAGUGCACGUGUUGGAUAUAGGUACAGGCACAGGUAUACUAUCAAUGAUGGCUGUUGUAGCUGGUGCGGAUACGGUAGUUGCCUGCGAAGCCUUUACGCCAAUGGCUAAUUGUGCAGAAAAAAUAUUUCAUGCUAAUCAAAUGGACAAAAAAGUUAAACUAAUUAAAAAACGCUCUACUGAAAUAAAAGUUGGAAUUGAUAUGCCUAGAAAAGCAAAUUUGUUGGUUGCGGAACUAUUGGACACAGAGUUGAUAGGUGAAGGAGCCUUAGGCAUUUAUAAUCAUGCUCACAAGCAUCUUCUAACUGAUGAUGUCAUUUGUAUACCAGCAAAGGCUAAUUGCUAUGCUCAAGUAGCUCAAACAACAAAUCCUUUGCUUAAGAACAAAAUGCCGAUUCUGGCAAAUUUGGAUGCAGAUAAGCUACUUAGACCACCUGCAGCUACUUUAUCAUGUAAAGGUAGUGCUAGUUUACAUGAUUUGCAAUUAUCACAGUUACCUCAGCACACUUUUACCCCACUAACGAAACCAAUUGAGAUCUUUCAAUUCGAUUUUAAUUCUAAAACAAUUAGACCUCACAGUCGUGUAAACAACCUGCUCGUGGAAACUAUUAAUUCUGGCAGCACAGAUGUUGUAUUUUAUUGGUGGAAUAUUGAAAUGGAUUUAGACGCUGAUAUAUUGUUAAGCUGUGCACCGUACUGGGUACAUCCUGAUCUUGAGACUAUAAAGCAGAAUGUUAACAAUAGGGUGUCGUUAAAAGAUGCAGUUCCUUGGCGCGAUCACUGGAUGCAAGCUGUUUAUUACAUUCCCAAACCAAUAUUUAUUAGUGCAAUGGAUAAAUUCAAUUUGAUCUGUAACCAUGAUGAAUAUUCGCUAUGGUUCGAUGCAGCUUCACAAGCUCAAACUCCAAAUGAUAUCGUGCCUCGACACAACUGUAGUUGUAGUUUUCAUUCUUCCUUCCCAUAUAACCGCAUUGGACAAUAUAAUGAUUUUACACGGAACAAGCGUUAUUUAUGUUAUUUGGAAAGUGCUAUAGACAAAGACUCAAAUGUGCUUAGUAUAGGCGAUGGCUGUUUAUUGGGUUUGUUUACCAAAUUGUUAGGUGCCAACAAUGUUAUAUGUUAUGAACACAGUAGAAAUACACGCCGCUUUGUGGAAUUAGUCUCAGCACAUAAUGAUCUAUCAAAUGUGCAAUUUGUAGAUGAUAUAAAAGCGAUAGAUGACAUCAAGUUAUCAAAAAUAACACAUGUAUUCGCUGAACCAUAUUUCACCAGUUCAAUUUUACCUUGGGAUAACUUUUAUUUUGGUAUUGUUUUGGAAGAAAUAAGAGACAAACUUAACGAGAAUGUAAACAUAUCACCACAAACAGCGCGAGUGUAUGCAGUGCCUGUAGAAUUUUUAAACCUACACAAAAUACGUGCUCCUGUCGUUAAAUGCGAGGGUUUCGAUUUAAGACAUUUCGACGAAAUGGUGCAGAUUUCAACAGAGAUAGCACAAGCAAAAAUAGAGGCUCAACCACUGUGGGAAUAUCCCUGCAUUGCGUUAUCGAAGCCUGAGGAAGUUUUAGAAGUGGAUUUCAAUAAUUAUUUAGUGGAUAAAGCAACAAGUGGCACUUUUAAAGCAGAAGCUUCCGGUAGUUGUAAUGGUAUAGCUCUCUGGGUUAAUUGGCAUCCCUCAAAUUCUACAAAAAGUAAUCAUAUAGUGAGUAUGGGUCCAGUAGAUAAUGUUCAGCCUGGAGAGUUUAUAAAUUGGUAUAAUUAUGCACGUCAAGCAGUACAUUUAAUACCCACACCAAAAGAUAUUGAGAAUGGUCAUAGUACCAUUGAAUGGACAGCAAAUUUCAAGCCAAAGUUAGGAUCAUUAAAUUUUACUUUUAAUAUUAAUGUUUAAUAUUAAAAUAAACAACAAACAUUUCGUAAAUAUGUAA